AUGCGUCAAUUCUUUCCCUUCCUUUGGCUUUCUUUACUCUCCUUAUGUGCAUUUCCCCAGGCCGCAUCCGCCACCGAUUACCAUGAACAGCUGGUGUUGAGGCCGCUGCCUCAAUCGGCUCUGCUAGCGAGCUUCAACUUUCGCUCCAACACUACCGUCUCCGAAUUCGAGAAGGGAAACUUCAGAUUCUUUCCUCGGUCGCUCGGCCAGAUUUUGCAACACGCCGGUACGCGCGAGUUGCAUCUGAGGUUCAGUCUGGGAAGAUGGGAUGCCGAGAGCUGGGGCGCUAGGCCAUGGCAGGGAGCGCGCGAGGGCGGGACAGGCGUUGAGCUGUGGGCAUGGCUCGAGGCUGAUACAGACGAUGAGGCCGACCGCAAAUGGCUGACCCUUACGAAUGCCUUAUCCGGCCUCUUUUGCGCCUCUCUCAACUUCAUCGACGGCACCCGGACGACGAGACCUGUCAUGUCGUUCCAGCCCGAAGGCGACCAUCCCAGCGAUGCGAAUCUGCAACUGCUAUACGGCGUGCUGCCGCACGAGGUGGUCUGCACCGAGAAUCUGACCCCCUUUUUGAAGCUCUUGCCAUGCAAGGGAAAGGCCGGCGUUGCGACCCUAUUGGAUGGUCACAAGCUGUUUGAUGCAUCCUGGCAGACCAUGGCCAUUGAUAUCCGGCCGGUAUGCCCGCCAAAUGGAGGCUGUGCUCUUCAAAUUGAGCAGACCAUCGACAUGGUGCUCGAUAUUGAUCGGUCCAAACGACCGCGAGAUAACCCGAUCCCCAGACCUGCGCCGUCCCACGAACUGCCAUGCGACACCUCGAAACCGUACCACGCCCACGACACGUGCUUCCCUGCGGAUCACACUGCCAACCGGGACUGGACCCUCUCCCAAAUCUUUGGCAAGACUCUGAAGGGCACCUGCCCCCUGACAGACCCCGCUGUCCCGCCAGUCUGUCUCCAUGUCCCGGACAAUCGUAGCGUCUUCGUAUCCGAAGGCGUGCGCGAGAAGAAGAAUCCCGACCAACUCUCUCGCUGCUUCGAGAUCCCUCCGUCAGCCGACUUUGAGAUGAUCCUGCCUCCCCCAAAUGACGGAGGCCUAUCCCCCUCGGUUCAGGUUGUACCCCCCGAAACUCCCCUACUCUACGCCGAGCGCAGUUUUACGGGCCACGGCCAAGAACGUGGCGGUGUCCGGACCAUCCUCCGUAACCCAUCACCCGACACCGAGGUGGAAUUCAUCUACAUGGAAACCCUGCCCUGGUUCAUGCGCAUCUACCUGCAUACCAUGGAAGCCCGCAUUGCGGGCCACUCCCAGCCGGAUAAGUCGCUCGUCAAGCAGGUGUAUUACCGACCGGCGCUCGACCGCGCGCGCGGCACGCAGCUCGAGGUGCGCAUGCGCGUGCCGCCGGCGUCGACCGUCUUUCUCACGUACGACUUUGAGAAGUCCAUCCUGCGGUAUACCGAGUACCCGCCAGACGCGAACCGCGGGUUCGACGUUGCGGCGGCGGUUAUCACCGUUUUGGAUCCGAAGACCACGGGGAGCAACUCGAGCAGCAUCGAGGGUGACCGGGCCAAAGCAGCGUAUUACCUCCGGACGACGUCCCUACUCUGCAGCUUGCCGACGCCUGAUUUCAGUAUGCCGUACAACGUCAUCAUCUUCACCUCGACGGCGAUUGCGCUGGCGUUUGGCGGGAUGUUUAAUAUACUCGUAAGACGGUUUGUGGCGGCUGAUGAGGGGCCCGAGGUUGGGUUGGGCGUGGUGAUUGGGGGGUUGAAGGGGCGACUACUGGGUCUCGUGAAGAGUGUCAAGCGUAAGAGGUAGUGGGCUGUAAGUUAUAAAGGCUCAGAUGAUGUCGAAUAUAGAAGGUCAAAUACUUCGCAUUGGAGUCACAUGCCUGCUAUCCUCGUCAUGUUGGCUGCGUGUGCGGGAAGUGAGUUCUUAGAGUAAGGUAUUCUUGCGUGUGGUUGUCCCUCAGCGGCCGAAACACAUACCGUGGUAAUUGAGGGGUUGGGAUAACUGUCAGGCUAAUC